GUGACGUCAGACGCGGACGAAGCGGCGGCAGGCUGCCGAGCCGAGGGAAGUGGGUGGUCCGUUCGCGGAGAGGGGAGCUGUGCCCGCCGCCUGCACGCCAUGACCCAGUCGGUGGUGGUGCAAGUCGGCCAGUGUGGCAAUCAGAUCGGCUGCCGAUUCUGGAAUUUGGUUCUCCGGGAGCAUGCAAACAUCAACAAGAAAGGUAUCUAUGAUGAAGCUCUCAGUAAUUUCUUUAGAAAUGUGGACACAAGAUAUACUGAUGGAGGCGGUAUAGAUCUAAACAAAGGACUAAUAAGAACGCUCAAAGCUCGGGCGGUACUCAUUGACAUGGAAGAAGGUGUCCUUAAUGAAUUACUUCAGGGUCCAUUGAGAGAUGUUUUUGACAAUAAACAGCUGAUAUCAGAUGUAUCUGGUUCAGGUAACAAUUGGGCAGUGGGGUACAAACAGUACGGCAAACAGUACCGGGACCAAAUUGUAGAUACACUUCGAAAAACAGCUGAACACUGUGAUUCUUUGCAAUGUUUCUUUUUAAUUCACUCAAUGGGUGGAGGAACUGGUUCUGGAUUAGGUACCUUUGUUCUGAGCCUCUUGCAGGAUGAAUUCCCGGAGGUUUACAGAUUUGUUACUUCUGUCUACCCUUCUGCUGAAGAUGAUGUUAUUACCUCUCCCUAUAAUAGUGUUCUCGCCAUGAAGGAGCUGACUGAACAUGCAGAUUGUGUUUUACCUAUUGAAAAUCAGUCCUUGGUGGACAUAGUCAACAAAAUCCAGCAGAUGGCCAGUGGCAAAAUGGCAUCAGUGAAAAUGAAAAGUACUCUGAUCUCUAGUCAGAGUGAGGCCAAAAGGCAGGAAAAGCCAUUUGACGCAAUGAACAAUAUUGUUGCUAACUUGCUUCUGAACUUGACCAGUUCUUCCAGAUUUGAAGGGUCCCUCAACAUGGAUCUUAAUGAGAUUACCAUGAAUCUGGUUCCGUUUCCACGGCUACAUUACCUCGUUUCUAGUCUAACUCCUUUAUACACCCUGGCUGAUUUAAAUAUCCCUACAAGAAGGUUGGAUCAGAUGUUCACUGAUGCUUUCAGUAAGGAUCACCAGUUAAUGCAUGCUGAUCCAAAACAUAACCUAUACCUUGCCUGUGCACUUAUGGUCCGGGGAAAUGUUCAGAUUUCUGACCUGAGAAGAAAUAUUGAGAGAUUGAAACCUUCCCUUCCGUUUGUCUCAUGGAAUCGAGAAGGUUGGAAAACGAGCCUCUGCUCGAUACCUCCUGUGGGACACACACACUCUCUAUUAGCAUUGGCCAAUAAUACUUGUGUUAAAUCCACCUUCACAGAUCUCAAGGAUCGCUUUGUAAAACUCUACAAGAAAAAGGCUCAUAUUCACCACUACCUUCAUGUGGAUGGGAUGGAACAAAUCUGUUUCACAGAAGCAACUAAUUCCUUGACAUCCCUGAUAGAAGAGUACAAUGAACUGGAUGCUACUAAAGGACAAAUCAUCAACAAUGUUCCUCGUCUUUCCAUUGCAACGUAAAAUACAGUACUGUAUUUGUCAACAUGGAGCAGAGAGCGAGCUUGUAAAUCAGGUGGGGGGAAAGGGUGUUGGGAAUGGUGAGGGUGGAGUGUCACGGGAGGGGUGUGGUACAGGUGGCAGAGAAGCAGUGGGAGGUGGCGCAGGGGCAAACGCAUCCCGCCCUGAGACACCAGGCAAGGUAAUUUGAUUCCAAGCACAGAAACAUAGAAAACCCAGCACAAUACAGGCCCUUUGGCCCACAAUGCUGUGCGGAACAUGUAUGCACUGAGAAAUUACCUAGGGUUACCCAUAGCACUCUAUUUUUCUAGGCUCCAUAUACCUAUCCAGGAGUCUCUUUUUCAAAAGAAAACCUUAUCGUAUCAGUCUCCACCAUCGUCGCCAGCAGCCGAUUCCACGCAAUCACCACUCUGCAUUUUUUAAUAAAAACUGGCAUCAUCUCUAUACCUACUUCCAAGCACCUUGAGCCAGCAGUAUAGUGUAAUACAUGACAUUUUUCCACAGAACUGUAUUGGAUAAUGAAGCCGUAAAACCUACAUUAGAUUUCCUUUAGAAAUUUAAUGUUGUAUAAUACUGAAAUAUAGGGUACACAAUAACACACCUUCAAGUUUUAUUGAAAGUGAGAUGUAUUCCUCAAAAUAUAAAAUGUUCUUAGUGACGUUGUUUUAUAUCUUUAUUGUGCAUAUUCUCUGAAUUAAUUAUUUCAAAGCAGUUCAUUAUUUCCAGUGACGAAUUGGUGGGCACUUCAUACUGCUCAUCUGAAGGUUAUCUCAGGGAGCUUUUGAAGCUACUGCUCUUCAGUACAGUGGGACGGGCUCAAUCUCGGCUUGUUAAGAGACAAACCUGAAUCGCCCUCUCCUCUCCGGGUAGUAUUGUGUGACUGUUGUGAAAAUGAUGCCUGCUUAUGUCAUUUGAAAAUAUAAUCUUAAGAUCUAUCUCAGAAUCAGUAGGAAAAGCUGUUGGUAUAUUACACAUAUGAGUAGUAAUAUUGUUUUCACUCUUAAUACUUUCAUUAAAUGAGAUGAGAACUAUUUUUAUAAUAUUGCUGAGAAUUAAUUAUAGCACACCAAUAUUGAUAACCUGGUGUUUGGAAGGACAAAAUUACUCAAUUUAUUCUGCCAUUGGGUUACAAUGCGUAAGUGUUUUUCUAGCAAUAAACUGUUGUGUGUUCAUGCAGGCUUGUUACUUCAUUGCAGUACACUCUAAGGAAUUAAAUGAAUACUUCACAAUGUGUUGAACUACUUGCAAUCGUCAGAGCUGCAAAUCAGUACCUUAGAGAAAACUUAUUUGAUUACAAAUAAAAUCCUUUCCGGAUUGUAUUAUUAUUUAUUGUGGUUUAGAUCCAUGUUUGGUUAAAUUAAUUCAAUUGGGAUCAUUUUUGUAAACAGAUCUGUGUGGAAACUUGCAUCAUUUUUUAACUUUAAAAAAAAAUGAAAAACCAAAAAUAAUGUUACCAGUAAAUGUAGCACUGUUUAGGAAGUCUAUUUCAUAUGGUGAUUUGCAAUAGAAGCUGGAUUUUGACAUCCAAAUCUGUUUUGUAUAUAUACCAAAGAAUUUAGUUGAUGACAAUAUAUCUCUAGUUCUAAUAAAAGUUAAAUUUGUUGCCAUACACACUUCUCACUUUAUAUAUGAAUUUGGGAGAGAAAUAUUGUGUAUAAUUUUACAUAGUACUUGUCUAAGCAACAAUCAAGGCAUAAGACUAAAAUAACACACAUAACAAGAGAAAAUCUGCAGAUGCUGAAAAUCCAAGCAACACGCACAAUGUCAGCAUCAAUGGAAAUGACAAAACAGUCUACGUUUUGGGCCAAGACCCUUCUUCAUGCCUGAGGGGGAGGGAGAAGACACCAGAAUAAAAAGCUGGAGGGAGGGGAAAGAGGCUAGCUAGAAGGAGAUAGGUGAAACUAAUUGGGUAGGAAAGAUGAAGUGUUGUAGAGGAAGGAAUUUGAUUGGAGAGGAUCAAAGGACGGAGGAAGGGACCUAAGGCAGGUGAGAAAAGGUAGGAGGCUAGAGUGGGAAAUGAAGAAUAGGGGAGGGAGAAGGAAUUUUUUCUUACUAAAAGGAGAAAUCAAUAUACAUGCCAUCAGGUUAGAGGCUACCCAGACGGAAUACAAGAUGUUGCUCUUCCACCCUGAGGGAGGUCUUAUUUUGGCACAAGAGGAGGCCACGGACCGACAUGUCCGAACAGGAGUGGGAAACGGAAUUAAAAUGUUUGGCCUUGGGUAAGUUCCGCAUUUGGGUCCCCGAUUUCGGAAGGUCUCACCAAUAUAGAGACGGCCGCAUUGGCAGCACCGUACAUGCACAACAGACAACCCCAGCAGAUUCGCAGGUGAAAUGUUGCUUCACCUGGAAGGAAUGUUUGGGACUCUGAAUGGAGGUGAGGGAGGAAGACUCAAGUAGUUAGGUACAUAAAAUAUGACAUUAAAGUAGACUGCAGAUGCUGGAAUCUGGAACAGAGUUGGGACCUACUGUGUUGGAAGUUAAUGACUCAUCGGGGUGAUUGAUGAGUUCAUGGCCUAAGGUAGAAGAUGAGUUAUUAACUUAAAACUUUCUCCAUAAUCACUCAAAGAGUUGAAUUGCAUCUACCUGUAACAAGAGCUGUAUAACUCAUCUCCUCCUACCUUAGGCCAGAAACAUAACAAUCACCCCUGCUGUAGACCCUUUCUGGAGGUCCAAGAUCCAUAUGCUCCAUGACCGCUGGACUAAGUGUGUAAAAGUAGGAGGGGACUAUGUUCAAAAAUAAGUGUGCUAGGUUUUCUAAAAUUGACUCCUUCUGCAUUAGGCCACAAACUUAUCAAUCACCCCUUGUACAAUGACCAAUUAACCUACCAACUGGUAUGCUUUUGGACUGUGAGAGGAAAUCAGAGCACAGGGUCACAGGGAGAACAUACUCUUUACAGGCAGCAGUGGGAAUUGAACCCUGGUCACUGGUACUGUAAGGUGUUAUUCUAACCAUUGCGGUGUGCUGUGCCACCAGUUAAUACAAGCAAUAAUGAUAGCUGAUUUACUUAGCAAAUUUGUCUCAAUCAGCAAUGAAAUAAACAGCCAGUGAAUUGGUUUUGUGCUGAUCAGUGGAUAAAGGCUGAUAAAGUGAAUAUCCCUUCUCUCUGAACAAUGUUGUCUUCUUAUACAAAAUAUGAACACGUUGGUUCAAUGGUUAAACUAAAACGUACAUAACAUCAGACUAGGUUUUGUUCUCAAUCCACUAGACUGGAUUUUAUGCCAUUAACCACCUAACCUAGAUAAAACUGCUCUCCCUCAACCAAUUUGUAACCAUUGAGGGUUGACCAGGUUGGAACGAGUGAACAAUAAAACGGGCAGAAUAAUAGAAAGGUAAAUACUUUUACAGGAUUAGCAACUUUAUUGUAACAUAGAGAAUUCUGCAGAUGCUGGUAAUCUAGAGCCACACACACAAUGCUGGAGGAAUUCAGCAGGUUAGGUAGCAUUGAUGGAGAGGGAAAAAAAACAGUUCAAGCUGAGACCAGGCCGCAUGAAGGGUUUGGGUCCAAAUGUUGACAGUUUAUUCCUCUCCACAGAUUGGGGGGUUCCCAAACUUUUAUUAUACUGUGAACCUAUGCAAUUAAGCAACAGGUCUAUGGACACAAGGUUGGAAAGCCUGCCUGGCGUGCUGAGUUUC